GCAGCAGGUGGGGACCGUGUCGAAGGUUUGGAUCUACCCGAUCAAGUCCUGCAAGGGGGUGUCGGUGUGCGAGACCGAGUGCACCGACAUGGGACUGCGCUGCGGCAAAGUGCGCGACAGGUUUUGGAUGGUAGUUAAGGAAGAUGGACACAUGGUCACUGCCCGCCAGGAGCCUCGCCUCGUGCUGGUCUCCAUCACCUUGGAGAACAACUACCUGACCCUCGAAGCCCCAGACAUGGACCCGAUGGUUCUGCCUAUCAAGCUGCCAUCUUCGAACAAGAUCCACGACUGCAGGCUAUUCGGUCUCGACAUUAAAGGCAGAGAUUGUGGCGAUGAGGUGGCCCAGUGGCUCACCAACUACCUGAAGACGCAACCUUACAGGUUGGUUCAGUUUGAUACCAGCAUGAAAGGAAGAACAACAAAGAAACUGUACCCUUCUGAAAGCUACCUCCAGAAUUAUGAGGUAGCCUACCCAGACUGCAGCCCCAUCCACAUGAUUUCUGAAGCCUCCUUAGUGGAUCUCAACAGCAGGCUGAAGAAGAAAGUGACGAUGGAAUACUUCAGGCCAAACAUUGUGGUGUCAGGCUGUGAGGCUUUCGAGGAGGACACUUGGGAUGAGCUCCUAAUUGGUGAUGUCGAGAUGAAAAGGGUGCUGAGCUGCCCCAGGUGCAUCUUGACGACGGUGGACCCAGUCACAGGAAUCAUAGACAGGAAGGAGCCACUGGAAACCCUGAAGAGCUACCGCCUGUGUGACCCUUCCGUGAAGAAUCUGUACCAGACGUCCCCACUGUUUGGGAUGUAUUUCUCAGUGGAAAGAAUUGGAAGCCUGAGAGUCGGUGACCCUGUGUAUCGGAUGGUGGAUUAAUGGAUCCAGUGGGGUGACCUGUUUCCAGGGCCUAGGAGAUACCCCUGCGAGUCCUUACUGCCAGCCACGACCGUCUUCCUGGAAACGAACCUCCGUUUUUCCUCCAGAGCUUCGUACAACCUGAGUUAAUUCAAGAAAGUACCAGAGGCCCUUUGGGAAUGUGAGGGUGUAUAAAUUUUAGAGAAUGAUGUUUUAUAAAAAGAUGAAAUUGUGUGUACAAUUAUUCUGAAUGUUAUUCCCACUAUUACCCCUUUCUAAUGACUGCCUUUGACAUUGAUGGGUAAAGGAAGUUUAGAGUCAGCUUAAAAGCUGCCGCGUUCUCUUAAAGGUUUAUGCGUUUUGUAGAUAUAUUGUCCGAGAGCAGUGGGACAGUGAGCCCUCGUGUUCUGAACAUCUGGGUGCCAACAGUGCUCACAGACAUCUGUUCGUGGCCUGGCUGCUGAGCGCUGCUGAGUUUUGAUUUGUGACUAUCUUUGCCUAACUGUUAUAGAGCCAGGGUUGUGCUUAAAUAGAGAAAUGAUUUCAUAGAUCCUGGGGUUAUUUUCUUCAUAGAUUGUGCCUUUAUAUUUCAUUCUGAUUCUAUUAAGACAUAAAAUUUAUCUCGAAUUGUCAA